AUGAAGGUGUCACACUGGUGCCAGCUGGGUGUCACCAUCCUGGUUGUCCUGCUGGAACUGAUCGCUGGUCAGAUAUGCAGAUCCUUCAUCAUGCUGGCGGACGGUUUUCACACUCUCUUUGUCCUCAGUCGCAUGGCUCUGCCUCCUCCUCAAAACACAAGCAGUCCCUCAGGUCGGCGCUCUCAGGAGACCUCCGCGUCCCACCUUGAAGGCAGGCGCCGGCCAGUGGGGGUCUUCAUUUUGGCCCUGCUCCUCUUCUCUCUGUGCAUCUCCUGCAUAUUGGAAAUGAUCAGCUUCUCUAUUGAGGUCCACGGGGUGGAAUGGCCCUGGCCGCUGGUGGUGGUGGGCGCGGUCAGCGUGUUGCUCAACGUCGUCGUGCUUGCGUUGACCCUGAGGCGGGGAUUUGGAGCUCAGACUGGAGGGGAGCAUGAAUGUUAUAUUGCAGUCAACCAGAAAGCCGUUUCACAGGAGGGCUCUGAAGACCAGGCCAGCGUUCAGGGCGGGACAAUGAGGCGCUCCCUUGCCAAAGGGGGUCUCGUCUUAUGUAACAAGGCAGAAGGAGCCGCAGACAAAGGAAGCCCUCGGGAUGACAGGCGGCAUCCCCCUUGCGCAGUGAUGGUAGUGCAGGAACUUACCACGUCAUUGCUGGUCCUGGUCACUGGUCUGGUGCUGCUGCUAGCGUGCCCUGACUAUGGGCAUUCUCCAGGGCUCUGCAGGUUCCUGGUAUACCUGGAUCCCAGUUUGGCCAUCUUGGCUGUUAUUGUCCUUGUCUCUAGAGCUGUACCACAGAUAUACAGUUACGGGCUGCUGCUGAUGCAGGCCACACCUCCUCAGUUGAAUAUGUCGGACCUCAGGGAGAGGAUCGGGAGCGUACCCGGGGUGGAGGAGGUACACGAGCUCCACAUCUGGGAACUGUCCCGUUCCCAGUCAGUGGCCUCGGUCCACGUACGAUGUCAUGCCAGCUUUCCUGUGCGCAGGUGUGCUGAUCUGAUAUCGGAGGUCACCAAGGUGCUAAAGAGUGUCGGGGUGAGCAGCUGCACAGUACAGCCCGAGUUUGUCCUUUCGUCUUCCCUCUCCGGUGGUGCGGCAUGCCCACCUGAGGUUCCUGGCUGCAUUUUGGGCUGUGCUAAAGUCUGCGAUGCUCAUGUGUGCUGCCCACUGCCAUAGGACCCUGAAAAUGAAACAUUGUGA